GGCUGCAUGUGUUUGAUUCUUAUAUUUUAGAAAGAUUAAGAUGUUACAAAGGGCAGCGACCAAUGCUUAUUCGUGGUGGUGGGCAAGCCAUGUCAGGACAAAGCAGUCAAAAUGGCUGGAAUACAGUCUCCAAGAAAUGGAGGAGAAGGUGGUGGAGACCCUCAAAAUCCUUGAUGAUGAAGGGGACUCAUUUGCAAAGAGGGCAGAAAUGUACUACCGGAAGAGACCAGAGCUCAUAAGCUUUGUGGAAGAAUCAUUUCGGGCUUACAAAUCACUAGCCGAGAAGUAUGAUCAUCUGUCAAGAGAGCUCCAAAGUGCCAACCGCACUAUUGCCUCUUGCUUCCCAGAACGAGUUCAUCGGUAUCCCUUGGAUGAAGACGAAGAUGAAGAAGAAAGCCCAGGAACAUCUUCAACUAAUGACCUUGACAAUCCAGAAACACCUAAAUCAAGCAUUCCUAAAGUUCCCAAGAUUCCCAAGAGAGAUCUUAGAUGCCAAUCUAUGUUAAUCUCUCGGAAGAGACCACUGAGAAGGAAUUCCAGCACUGCAAAACCCGUUACUACUACUCCAAAUUCAGGGCCGAGCAAGGCCGUAGCACUUGCAGAAAUUGACAAGCUUCAGAAGGAAAUUCUGGCUCUGCAAACUGAGAAAGAGUUUGUGAGGAGCUUGUAUGAACGGGCCUAUGAAAAGCACUGGGAGAUUGAAGACCAGAUCGAGGCAAUGCAGAAAAGAGUUUGUUGCUUGCAGGAUGUGUGUGGGGUUGGCACAGUGAUUGAAGAUAAUGAUGCAAGAACUUUAAUGGCAGCCACAGCUUUAAGAUCGUGCCAGGAGACCUUGGCGAAAUUGCAAGAGAUACAAGCAAAAUCGUCUGAAGAAGCUAAAGUAGAAUAUGAAAGGGUCAGGCAAGCUCACGAGAAGUUUGAAGCGCUCAGAGAUCAAUAUAUUUCUAAGCAUAUGAGUCACCAAGACCCAGACGCAGAUGUAGGAGACAAAUCUGAGACAGGAGGAGAAGAACAGACAAACAAAGAAGAGAAAGCUAGCUUGAAACAGGAGGCGCAAGAUGUGAAUCAAUUGAGAGAGAAGAUUAAGGAACAACUUGAGGAAGAUUCUAGUAGGUCUCUCUGUGUGGCAGAAAUGGCAGAGAGGAUUGAUGAACUCGUGGAAAAAGUUGUCUCCUUGGAAACCGCAAUUUCCUCUCAGACUGGCUUGGUAAAGAGACUGAGAUCAGAAACAGAUGAUCUUCAGACAAAUAUAAAGAGCUUGGAAGAGGACAAUGAAAUGCUGAAAGAAGGUUCAGACAAAAUGAACAAGAAGCUGAAAGAACUGGAGGAGGAGCUAAGGAGAGUAAAAAAUCUCAAUCAAAACGUCAAAAACCGAAACAAUAGCCUCCAAACACACUUCACAGAAGCCAGUUGUAAUCUUGAGCAUCUUUCCGAAAGAUUGCAUGAUAUGAAGUUAGAAGACAAGACAGACAACUCAUUACAUCAUAAGACGAUGAAUUCUGCUGAUGUUAAAAUAGCAAAUGAGGAGAAGCAAGAGGAUGCUGCAAAUCCAAGCGAGGAUGUCAAAAAUGAAGACAUGGUGUCCAGUUCGUGCGAAAAUAUGAAUUUUAUUUCUGAAAGGAUAAAAAAACUUAGACGUCAGGAGAACGAUGAUUUAUCUGAGACAUUGAGUAACAAAGACAUAGAACCGCAGGAUUUUCGUGGUGGUGAGGAAGACGAACCAAACUGGAGACAGAUGUUUAUCAGUGGGUUGGAUGAUAGAGAGAAGAUUCUCUUGGAAGAGUACACAUCAACUUUAAGGAACUACAAGGAUGUAAGGAUGAAGCUCGAUGAUGUCGAGAAGAAAAACCGAGACGGCAUUUUCGAGUUGGCACUUCAGGUAAGGGAAUUGAGAAGUGCUCUAGCCACUAAGGAUAAAGAAAUCAACCUUUUACAACACAGGCUAGUCUGUCCAGAAACAAAUUCAUGUGAAAGUCCAUAUACAGCUGCCACGGAAUAUAAAUAUACACCACUAGAAGAGCUUCUUCCAAGCGACUCUGAAAUUUCGUCAUUAAAUUUGGAUGCAAAUCCAGGAAGAACAUCUUUUAUUGACCUGAUUGAAAGCAGAAGAGAUAUUGGGAAAUCGUCUGAAAGCAUAAAAUCGCCUGAGGACGUAGAAAAGUUCAGGGCAAAUCAGGUUUCCAAGCGCCAUCCUCUUUCAACUCUGGAAAAGAAAUUCCGCUCUGACAUCGACGAUCUACUUGAGGAGAAUCUAGAGUUUUGGUUAAGGUUUAGCACCUCACUUCAUCAGAUUCAAAAGUUCCAGAACUCUAUACAGGACCUACAGGCAGAGCUAGAGAAAGUCAAGGAUCACAACAAUAAGAAUUCAAACUCCAAGCAGCCAUCCUCACAAUCUGAAAUCCGACCAAUUUUCAGACACAUGAGAGAGAUCAGAACUGAAUUAUCACUUUGGCUUGAAAAUAACUCAGCAUUGCAGGACGAAUUGCACGGUAGAUAUUCAUCCUUGUGCAACAUUCAAGACGAAAUAUCAAGAGCCGCCAUUGCAGAUUCAGAGUUGAGUAGGUAUCAGGCAGCAAAAUUUCAAGGUGAGGUUCUCCAUAUGAAACAGGAGAACAAUAAGGUUGCUAGUGAACUGCAAGCUGGUUUGAGUCUUGUGAAGAGGCUGAAAGUUGAAGUUGACAAGACACUUGAAGAAGUGGACCAAGCAUUUGAAGUUAGCACUCACUCCCCGAUCAAGCAAUCAUCGUCAAGUCGUAAUCGAAUACCUUUGAGAUCAUUUUUGUUCGGAGCUAAGAUAAAGAAGCAGAGGCAAUCGCUUUUCGCGUGCGUGAAUCCAGAUUUUAGUAAUCUAGAAGCAACUAAUGAAAAUGCGCCCGUAUAAACGCACUUCCAACCCCUUCUCCUUGAGUACUUUACUCGAGGUUGCUUUUCCUCCUCGUUUCUGAUUGUGAUCCCUAAAAGAACGUCAAAGUUAUUGAUGUGUUCCACACAAGCGUUGGUUUCUUCUUAACUGUAGUUCUAGGUUUAUUAUUCCCAUAUCACAGCGAUUCUUUCUUAAGUUUGACGGGCACGAGUGUUGGAAGAAUGUGUGUAAUGUGUGUGUUCUCUUACGUGAAGAUAGUCAUCUAUCUAUAUAAUAUGUAUAUAUCUGUCUAUAAAA